AUGAAGUUCCCAACACAUUCUUAUCUAUUUUCCACUACAUUUCUCCGUUUCACAAUAUUUUUAGUUGUUUUUAGCAAAACAAUUGCGGUUUUAAAACUUCCGCCAAAUGUUUCAAUUCCAGCUGUGUUUGUGUUUGGAGAUUCAAUUAUGGAUACUGGAAAUAACAAUAACAUGACAACACCUUCUCAGUGUAAUUACCCUCCAUAUGGGAAAGAUUUUCAAGGAGGAAUUCCAACCGGAAGAUUUAGCAACGGAAAGGUUCCCUCGGAUUUUAUAGUUGAAGAAUUAGGAAUUAAAGAGUAUCUACCAGCAUAUUUGGAUCCAAAUCUGCAGCCUAGUGAACUGCCCACAGGUGUAAACUUUGCAUCUGGGGGUGCAGGAUAUGAUCCAAUGACAUCAAAAUUAGAGGUAGCUAUAUCUAUGACUGGACAACUAAAGUUAUUCCAAGAUUACAUUGUGAAACUUAAAGGAGUUGUUGGUGAAGACAGGACAAACUUUAUUCUAGCCAAUAGUCUCUUUUUUGUGGUAUUAGGAAGCAAUGAUAUUUCUAACACAUACUAUUUGUCUCAUAUGAGACAAGUGGAAUAUGAUUUUCCUACAUACUCUGAUUUCUUAGUCAACUCAGCUUAUAACUUCUACAAGGAAAUGUAUGACCUAGGUGCAAGGAGGAUUGGAGUAUUUAAUGUACCACCAAUGGGGUGUGUUCCAUUUCAAAGAACAAUGGCAGGAGGAAUACAAAGAAAUUGUGUGAAAGAAUACAAUGAUGCAUCUGUGUUCUUUAACAACAAGUUGUCACUUACUAUUGAUUCUUUUAACAAGAAUUUUCCAAGUAGCAGAGUUGUUUACAUGGAUGUUUACAAUCCUCUACUCGAUAUCAUUCUCAACAACCAACAAUAUGGGUAUGAAGUGGGAAACAAAGGGUGUUGUGGCACUGGAACAAUAGAAGUUACUUAUUUAUGUAAUAGCUUGGAUAUCAUAUGUUCCAAUGAUUUGGAUUAUGUGUUUUGGGACAGUUUUCACCCUACUGAAUCUGUUUACAGAAAACUUGUUCCCCCUAUUCUCCGAAAAUACUUUAACAAGUUUAUUUAG